UUCACGAACUUAUCGAUUCUUCAUCAAUGAAGGUCCGGGCGACAGAAAGUGAAGACGAAGAAGUAGCGACUCCACGCCAGCUUUAAGAACGUUUAAGAUGGUUACGUCCGGGUUUGCUCCAGUGGAUAGGGCUCCUCGUCUGACACCUGCAGGGACCAUACGAGUUUAUCGAGAUUACAGGAUAGCUGCCGAUGAUGACAUAGGAGUUGCCAUAGCCCAGUACACCCGUCUUUGGACUGCCGCCCAUGCUGUUGGGAUUUCUGGUCUAGAGGGCAUCCGACGCCUAGUUCUUCGUCUACCUUCUGACUUGUCAGGAUAUGCUAGAGAGGUAUCUGGAGACUUUAUUUACCGGGAGUUUGGGGCGUUUGAGUCGGAGGGUGAUUUACUUGGGUUUGCGGGCCAUUUAGGGCAUAUUUACUGUGUUUUUAGGGCAGCACCUAGGGGUCCCUACCUUCCUCCUAGGACUUUCACCCGUCGAAGUGAGGCGCUAGACUCGUUAUAUCAGGAGAUUCCACGAGCACGUACCCGCGCACAGGUAUUCAUACUAUUGCAUGCUGCUAGGGGUGGAGGCAGAGCUGACUUAGAGCUCACGGGUGAUGAGAGCAGGGGGAGCACCAGCACUGUUGAUACUGUCGGACAGCUUCAGCGUGUGAUGGACGAGGCAGAGCGAUAUUUGGAGGGCGGUCACCAGCCUGUUCCAGAGUAUGCUACUGAUGAUAGGCAUUCGAGCACCUAGUGUGCCUAGUAUAGCGCUUUUGUAUAGUUGGCUAGUAUGUUAGACGGAAACGGUUAUCCCUUAUGGAUCGUUCCGUAUUAGACAUUCGUUUUGAGGUACGAGAGCAGGGUUCCUUUUUGUACCGCUCCGUAACCCACCAUGGCAUCAAUAGCGAUGCUAGAUAGAUAGGAC